ACAGUUGCUCUACUAAGUCCUCACAAACAUGAAGGUUCAGCUGAUCGUCGCCUUGGCUCUGGUCGCCCUGACCGCCGCUCGACCCUCCGACGUGAUCGACAUCGAGCAGGACCACAUGGAGCACGAGCAGGAGGGCGUCCCAGGAACGGCCGUGGAGGGCGAGUACUCGUGGGUAGCGCCCGACGGGAACGAAUACGUCGUCAAGUACGUCGCCGACCGAAACGGGUACCGCGUGGUCGACGACAACGUCCUUCCGGAGUUCCGUGACGCCAAGCCCACCGGCGAGGCAGAGGAGGCCGAUGACUAGUCCCAUGGAUUGAAAUUUCAAAUAUUGAUUAUUCAUACAGUUGUGGGAUGUGACCAUGCAGCUAUAUAUGCUGUGAACAAAGGGGAAUGUUUCUUGAUUAAUAAAUUUCUAUUUAAUUGA